UCUCUCUCUCUCUCACGCGCACGCGUACGAAAUUCACAGAUCUUCGCUUCUUCCCCCUCACUCACAAUUCUUGCACACAGCUUUCUUGGGCUUCGCUCAGAUUCUCUUGCGCAUUCACAAACUCUCUCUCUCUUUCUUUGCUUUCUUUAUCUGCCUCUCUUCCUCAGUUUCUUCUUCGUUGCCCUAGUUUCCUUCUCGGACAAUGGGGAAAACCGUAGUUUCGGACGAAGAAGAUGAGGUCGAGGUCGAAGAAGAGGACGAGAGGGAACCUGUCCAUGGAGGCGCAAGACGCGAUGACGAUGAAGAGGAUGAAGAUGACGAAGAAGGGCAGGAUGAAUAUGAGAAGGAUGGAUUUAUAGUGGAUGACGUUGAUGAAGAAGAGGAUCAAGAUGAAGAGGAGAGGGCAGACAGUGAUGAGGAGAGGCAGAAGAAGAAAAAAAGGAAGAAAAAAGAGAAUUAUACACUUGAUGAAGAUGACUAUGAGCUCCUGGAGGACAACAAUAUUACUAUUCCCCGUUGGAAGCAGAGCAAAAAGUUUAAGCGGCUGAAAAAAGCCCAGGGUGUUGGUGAGGAGGAACCCUCUGGGUUUUCUGAUGAGGAGGAAAUUUUUGGAACUGGUAAAAGUGGGCGAACUGCAGAGGAGAAGCUUAAGCGUAGUUUAUUUGGUGAUGAUGAAGGUCCUCCACUUGAGGACAUUGCUGAGGAGGAGGAACAACCAGAAGAUGAAGAGGAUGCAGACAUUGGUGAAGAGGAUGAGAUGGCAGACUUUAUUGUUGAUGAAGAUGAUGAGCAUGGAGCUCCUCCCAAUAGAGGAGGGAAGCGGCCAAAAAAAGUUGGGAAUAGGAGGGCACCUGGAGUUUCCUCGUCUGCUUUGCAGGAAGCUCAUGAAAUAUUUGGUGAUGUUGAUGACCUCUUGCUGCAACGUAAGCAAGGUUUCGAUUCUAGCGAAUAUAGAGAAAGGAGACUUGAAGAUGAAUUUGAACCAAUAGUUUUGUCUGAGAAGUAUAUGACACAGAAGGAUGACCAGAUUCGGGACCUUGAUGUUCCGGAGAGAAUGCAGAUAACUGAAGAAAGCGCUGGUUCCCCUCCAUUGGAUGAAGUUAGCAUAGAUGAAGAGAGCGCCUGGAUACAUAGUCAACUUGCAACUGGUACAAUACCAUUGUUUGGCAAGAGAGGCAGGGGGACUCCUAAGGAUGGGUGGGAUCUCUCUAUUAACAAGGAUGAUAUCAUGAGAUUUUUGGACCUAUUGCAUGUGCAGAAGUUAGAUAUCCCCUUUAUUGCUAUGUAUCGAAAGGAGGAGUGCCUAAGCCUGUUCAAAGAUCCUGAGCAACCUGAAGUAGAUGAUGACAAUCAGGAUAAGAAUGAGGGGGCUCCCACUCUUAAGUGGCACAAGGUACUUUGGGCAAUUCAAGACUUGGACAGAAAGUGGCUAAUGCUGCUGAAGCGUAAGAGUGCUCUUCAAUCAUACUACAAUAAGCGAUUCGAGGAAGAAUCUCGACGGGUAUAUGAUGAAACAAGACUCAAUUUAAAUCAGCAACUUUUUGAAUCAAUUAUGAAGUCACUCAAGGCAGCAGAAUCAGAAAGGGAGGUUGAUGAUGUGGACUCCAAGUUUAACUUGCAUUUCCCAUCUGGUGAAGUUGGUGUGGAUGAAGGACAAUACAAGAGGCCUAAGAGGAGGUCACUAUAUAGUGUUUGCGGUAAAGCUGGCCUAUGGGAGGUUGCAAGCAAGUUUGGUUACAGCUCUGAGCAAUUUGGAUUGCAGCUAUCAUUAGAAAAGAUGAGAAACGAUGAGUUGGAGGAUCCCAAGGAAACACCAGAAGAGAUGGCUUCAAAUUUUACAUGUGCUAUGUUUGAGACACCUCAAGCUGUGCUUAAAGGAGCUAGGCACAUGGCAGCUGUGGAGAUAAGUUGUGAGCCAUGUGUUAGGAAGCAUGUUCGUAGCAAUUUUAUGGAUCAUGCUGUGGUAUCAACAUGUCCUACACCCGAUGGGAAUGCGGCAAUAGAUUCUUUUCAUCAGUUUGCAGGGGUGAAGUGGUUGCGUGAGAAGCCAUUAAAUGCAUUUGAUGAUGCACAGUGGCUCCUUAUGCAGAAGGCUGAGGAGGAGAAGCUUCUUCAAGUUACUAUUAAGAUGCCUGAAGAGGAUUUAAAUAAGUUGAUGAGUGACUUUAAUGAGUAUUAUCUUAGUGAUGGAGUCAGUAAAUCUGCUCAACUUUGGAACGAGCAGAGGAAAUUGAUAUUGCAGGAUGCUCUUUUUGGUUUUCUUCUACCUUCAAUGGAGAAAGAAGCAAGAUCUUUGUUAACUAGUAGAGCCAAAAACUGGUUACUGAUGGAGUAUGGGAAUGUUUUGUGGAAUAAAGUUUCAGUAGGACCAUAUCAACGGAAGGAAACUGAUAUCAGCUCAGACGAUGAAGCUGCACCAAGGGUCAUGGCUUGCUGUUGGGGCCCUGGAAAGCCAGCAACCACUUUUGUGAUGUUAGAUUCAUCAGGGGAGGUUCUGGAUGUGCUUUACACUGGGUCCCUCACUUUGCGGUCUCAAAAUGUUAUUGACCAACAACGUAAGAAAAAUGACCAGGAACGGGUAUUAAAGUUCAUGACGGAUCACCAACCACAUGUUGUUGUUUUAGGUGCUGUGAAUUUGUCUUGUACUCGCCUGAAGGAGGAUAUAUAUGAGAUUAUUUUCAAGAUGGUGGAGGAAAAUCCCAGAGAUGUUGGCCAUGAGAUGGAUGGGCUAAGCAUUGUUUAUGGUGACGAAUCUUUACCUCGUCUUUAUGAAAACUCUCGGAUCUCAUCUGACCAGCUACCUGGACAGCCAGGCAUUGUUAAGCGGGCUGCCGCUCUUGGGCGAUAUUUGCAAAAUCCGUUGGCAAUGGUUGCUACACUUUGUGGGCCAGGAAGGGAGAUCUUGUCAUGGAAACUUAGUUCACUAGAGAACUUUCUCACCCCAGAUGAGAAGUAUGGGAUGGUUGAACAGGUUAUGGUAGAUGUCACAAAUCAGGUGGGCCUUGACAUUAAUUUGGCUAUUAGCCAUGAAUGGUUAUUUGCUCCUUUGCAGUUCAUUUCUGGGCUUGGACCCAGAAAGGCAUCAUUUCUACAGAGGUCUUUGGUAAGAGCUGGGGCAAUUUUUACCCGAAAGGACUUUGUCACAGUGCAUGGACUUGGUAAAAAGGUAUUCGUCAAUGCGGUUGGUUUUCUGCGUGUCCGGCGGAGUGGAUUGGCUGCUAGCAGCAGUCAGUUCAUUGAUUUGUUGGAUGAUACAAGAAUACAUCCAGAAUCUUAUGGCCUUGCACAAGAAUUGGCCAAAGAUGUUUAUGACGAGGACAUACGUGGUGAUGCAAAUGAUGAUGACGAUGCACUGGAGAUGGCAAUAGAGCAUGUUAGAGACCGGCCUAAUAUUUUGAGAAUCCUUGAUGUGGAUGCAUAUGCUAAAGGCAAGAACCGUGAGAAUAAGAGGGAGACUUUUUACGAUAUAAAAAGGGAACUAAUGCAGGGGUUUCAGGAUUGGCGUAAGCAAUAUGAAGAGCCAAGUCAAGAUGAGGAAUUCUAUAUGAUUUCAGGUGAGACCGAGGACACCCUUGCUGAGGGGAGAAUUGUGCAAGCCACAGUCCGCAGGGUGCAAGCUCAAAAAGCAAUAUGUGUGCUUGAGUCUGGAUUGACUGGGAUGCUCAUGAAGGAAGACUAUUCAGAUGACUGGAGGGAGAGUCCUGAGUUAUCUGACAGGCUACAUGAGGGUGACAUUGUCACCUGCAAGAUUAAAUCAAUUCAAAAGAACAGGUAUCAGGUUUUCCUAGUUUCUAGAGAGAGUGAGAUGCGAAGUAAUCGACAUCAGUAUGCUAGAAACCUUGAUCCCUACUACCAUGAAGAUCGGAGCAGGCUACAGAGUGAGCAAGACAAAGCUCGCAAAGAAAAGGAGCUUGCAAAGAAGCAUUUUAAGCCAAGGAUGAUUGUUCACCCCCGCUUCCAGAAUAUAACCUUAGAUGAAGCAAAGGAGUUCUUGUCGGACAAGGAUCCAGGGGAAAGUAUUAUCAGUCCCAGUCGUCAUGGGCCUUCUCAUUUAACUCUAACUCUCAAAGUUUAUGAUGGAGUUUAUGCUCACAAGGACAUAGUCGAAGGUGGAAAGGAGCAUAAGGACAUCACAAGCUUACUUCGUAUUGGGAAGACAUUGAAAAUUGGGGAAGACACUUUUGAGGAUUUGGAUGAGGUAAUGGAUCGAUAUGUUGAUCCCUUAGUGUCUCAUUUAAAGGCAAUGUUAAAUUAUCGCAAGUUCAGAAAGGGCACAAAAGCAGAAGUUGAUGAACUCCUAAAGAUUGAGAAAUCAGAGUAUCCUAUGAGGAUAGUUUAUUGUUUUGGCAUCUCUGAUGAGCAUCCAGGCACAUUCAUCUUGACUUUUAUAAGGAGUACAAAUCCACACCAUGAAUAUGUUGGUCUAUAUCCGAAGGGAUUCAAGUUCCGGAAAAGGAUGUUUGAGGACAUUGAUCGGCUUGUGGCAUACUUCCAGAGACAUGUUGAUGAUCCUCAGUCAGCACAAUCUUUGAGAUCAGUUGCUGCUAGGGUGCCAAUGCGAAGCCCUGCAACUGGGGGCUCAUCAGGUGCAUCCAUGGGUAGUGGCUGGGGUGGUUCAACGAAUGAGGAUAGUUGGAGAGGUCAGUCUUAUGACAGGGAUCGUUCUUCUACACCUGGUUCAAGAACAGGAAGAAAUGAUCACAGAAAUGGUGGUGGUGGUCGAGAUGGGCAUCCAAGUGGGGUGCCUAGGCCGUAUGGUGGGCGUGGUCGAGGCUCGUAUAAUGGCAAUAGAGGAAAUAGUUCUGGGAAGGAGAGACAGGAUCCGAGUUAUGAUGGUGGUAAAUGGGGGGAUUCGGCUAGCAAGGACGGGGAAGAUGGUUGGGGAAAUUUUCCAGGUGCUAAAGUUCAAAAUUCUCCUGGCAGGGAGGCUUUCCCAGGUGGUUGGGGUAGUGGUGGAAGUGGCAGUGACAAUGGUGGGUGGGGCAAUGGAAGUGGUGGUGCCGACGGAGGAAAUUGGGGUGCUGCCGGUGGAAAUGAUGCUGCUGCUGGUGCUGAUAAUAGGAGUUCCGGUUGGGGAACCGCCCCCUCCCCCAAGAGCUCUUCACAGUCCCAGCCUGGAAAUGGAUGGUCUGGAAGCAGUGGUGGAGGUUGGUGAACCCACGCAAGCUUUAAAUAAAUUUUAUUUCCAAGGUAGUAACGGAUGUUUUGAAAUGGAAGCAGCUGCUCUAGCGGUCCCCCCAGGUGGUGAUGGAAUUGAUUGUAAUCACCCUUACGCUUGUAUCUAGUUUUUUUAUAAAAUUAUUUUUCAUACAUUAGUAAAAGCAUCUUGUUCAAAUGGUUGGCUGC